AGAACCUGGUAGCCAAAACGCACACCACUCAGAAAAUGCUGGAUGAACUUGUUGAAGACUUAAAUACGACAUCAUCUGCUGUUAACAAUGUAACAAAUUCCUUCCUUUCACUGGCAAACACGCAGUUUGUUGAGAACAGAGUAGAUGAUGAUGAUGAAGAGACAAAAGUUACAGCUGACUCAACAGUUCCCUUGCAGAAGACUCCAUCUAAAGCUGAAGUUGAAGCUGAAACAGUUGAUAUGGUGCGUGAGGCACUUACUAUUGGUAUGAGCAUCAUGGAUACUAUGUUUGAGACCAUUGAGGUUCCAGCAGUGAGCGACAGUGAAGAAGAUGAGAGUUCAGCAAGCAUGGGGCGUAUUAUACUGCGGCCGGUGAAUCCUUAUGCAAACCGCCCAUUGCCAUUUCUCAUCGGUUCACGUGAAUUUUACGAAGAUGAUCGAGUGGGGCUGGCUGAUGUGUUCAGUGAUGAAGAAGAAAGUGGUGUUCCUGGUGCUACUGAAAUACCAUCUAGUGAGAGUGCCAGUGAUGUUGAGGCUGAUUACGCCAUAUCUGACAGGAUGAAACGACGAAGGAUACCUAGUGUCAGUGGAAGUGAAAAUUCUGAGCCUGAAAGUGAACAGCUGAACCCACAUAUGAGCCAUCACCCAAAGCAGCAGCAUGUGCCACCUCCACCAUCAGACAUGUUUGGAGAAGAGAAUUCUCAUAAAGUACCAGAUGAGCAGCCUCCUGCAGGUGUGGGUAGACUACCAAACAACUUUGCUGCAGAACUUGCAGCUAGGUUGGGUGUCAUUCCAGAGACUGAGCAGCAGACAGCACCACAAAAGGCAACUUUGACCCAAGCACAGCAGAAAGAUGUUGGUAAUAUGUUCCUUCCCCCACUUGAAGAUAAUGACGAUGAUGGUAAUGAAAAUGAUGUACUGUUUGGUAAGAAUGCGAAAUAUUCCGCUGGGAGUGGCCUUUUUGAUGAUUUAGGUGACUGGAACCAAAAGAGCACUGAACCUGAAUCAUUAUGGGAUGAACCUGAAAGUAAGAAAAGUCAAAAAACAAAUGCAGAAUUGGAUUUUAAACCAACUGCUAAAAGAGAGGAAGCUACUUUUGCACAAAGUAAAGCAGAUGAUUUAUUUGGUAAUGAUUUAGAAAAAGACCUUUUCUCAACCACAGCAUCACCCACAGUGAAUAAGCCAUCAGUUGCAAAUAUGCCAGCUGGAGGUCAGAAAUCAGUGCCAGUAGUUGACACUCGGAAUGUGCAGCCUAAAGUUGAGAAAAGUGCUCCACUACUUUCUGAAACUUCAGGGCUCUUUGAUGAUCUGUGGGAUGCAUCAGAUUUUGACUAUAACUCAACUUCGAACACGGUGCAAAGUACUGUUCCGAAGGAGGCUGGUCUCUUUGCACCAGCUGAUGAAAAGAAGAAUGUCAAAGAAAAUGCUAUUGCUAAAGAAUCAAUUGCUCAGGUGGCACCUGUAAAGAAACCUGUUGGUGGUGUGUCAGUGCUGGGAAAUAUGAGUGUAACUGCCUCACAGCUUAUAAGCAGAUUGCCAUCAAGUGUUAAAGAAUCUGGGAACAAUGACACAGUUGCUAAAAAAAUAACGGAAAAUAAACCAGAGACAAACCAUAACACCCACCCAAGAGAGAGAUCAGAUUCACCUGUCAAUCCUCCAAGUGUGUCAAAAUUAAUCCAGCAGAAGAAACCACAGUCUUUAUUUGAUGAUGAUAAUGAUUCAGAUGAAGACAAUUUGCUUUUCUCUUCUGCAAGUUCAACUGGAUCAAGAUCUCGCCGAAGCAUUGAUGUCCUGUCAUCUGAAAAGAAAAUAGACUAUUCCUCAGAAGAACCACCUAAAAAGACUAGUCUCUUUGGUAAUGGUGGUAGCAUACUGAUUCCUCCUCCUGAUGAUACAAACACUGAUUUAUUCAGUGUGAAGACCAGUGGUUUAACAUUGGGAGCUAGUGAUGGUCAAAAUUCUUCAGUUUCACAUGAAAAUGUGCCUACUGGUGGUUUGUUUGAUGACUGGGAGGAUGGUAUCCAAAGCACUGAGUACAGAAAAGGUGAUUCUCCAGCAUUAAUUCCUGUGGAUCAGUCAGAUAAUAAAGGUAUGGCAAAAGAAAUAAAUCAUGUUUCCAAAAGUGACAGUCACAGCAAGGGAUCCUCAUUGUUUGAUAAAGAAUCGGGUAAUACCUCCAUUUUCUCUGGGGAUGUAACUAAUAAUUUUGUAAUUUCUGGUAAUGCUUCGAAAAAUGACAUAUUUUCUGAAAUUGGAAAUGAAGUGAAACCCUAUGUUACUCAAAGGCAAAAUAGCAAAGUGAACUUAUUUUCUGGUGAUGAUUUUGAUGAGGAAGUUGAUAUAUUUGGUGAGAAACUGAGAUCAGAUAAGUCAGAGAAUGUGGUAGGUGAGAAAGUAACAUCAUUGCCAGAUAAGAAAACAGACCCAGUUUUUGUCAUGACAGCAGAACCACCAGUUUUCCCAGAUGAAUCCACUGAUAGUAUAUUUUCAGUUCCAGCUGACGGAACACCAAGUAAAGAAAAAUCAGUGGUAAAGGACACUACUGAAACAGAAAAUACAGAAGCUGCACCAGCCACACACAGAAAUACAUAUGACACUAAGAAACCAGCAGUAACUAAAAAACCUGUUGUUUCAUUGGGUAAGCCAAAAACAGCAACACGUCCUGUAGAUAAGGAUGUAGAGGAAAGUACAUCAGAAAUUUCAGUACAGUCAGCUGCAGGUGUUAGUCAGCUAACACCAGAUGUGAAUGGAAUGCAUAAUCAUAAAAAGCAGACAGAGAUAGGGAAAGAACAUGUAGAUAGUGAGAUAUAUUCAAAGAAGUCUGACAAAAAAGAUGUAAUAGCACCAGUCACCAAACCAAAACCACCGAAGACACUAGACAUCAGAAAAACUACUGCUCUGCAACAAGACAGCUCAACAGGAGAAGACACCUUUGGAGAGAGUUCACCUGGUAUAGGUGAGGAGUCAUUUGGUGACUCCCAAAAGACAGAACGUCUCUCAUCAACAGCUUUUGGAGAGUUGUUGAAAGGUUACUCUCCACCUGAUGAUAAAAUAGAUGGAUUGGUAUUCAGCAGGGAGAAGCAGCUGAGUGAAAAUAAAAGAGAACCAGCAGAAGAGGCUGUUACAUCACCCAAAUCUGGUGAGAAGCUUCCAGGAAAAAUUCAACGUCCAAGCCUUAAUAUUGAUCCACUCGCUCUGUUACCUGGAGCAAAACCACCUCGCAAAGGUUUUCAGUCUGAGGAAGGUAUUGGAUUUGACCAGCCUGCAGCUGACAUAACUGCACCACUCCAUAGUGCUGGAAAGGAACGAGUGAAGAUCCAAGUUAAACGCAGACCACAGAGUCGGCAUGCCAGACAUGAAGCUUUACGUGCCUCAGCUGUAAUAAGUCAAGAUAAUAUGGCAGAGGAGACUGUACCGUCACCAGCAUCAGCAAUUCAGCAGCCAGACAAACACGGUGUGCAGGGAUCAUCAGUGGAACCAAAGAGCAAGAAUACUGAAGCAGACCAAUAUGAGGCACCAACGAAAAUUCCUGCAAUGCCAAAUCCUCCAGCAGCUGGAAGCAGUCUCCUGUCUCCUUCCACGGAUGAGGAAGAUAUGUUUGGAGUUCCCAGUGACUUGCCAUCUGACUACAGCGACGGAAAUGAUCUGUUUAGAGCAGCACCAAUACUUUCACCCACAGAAGUGCCACAAUUUUCUCAAAAGGCUGGUUUGCCAGUGGAGUCAGUUGUUAGUGAUUCUUCUCAGUCCACAAGUGGGCCUCUGGCCGAUCUUUUCAUUUCCAGUUCAGUAGACAGAGAAGAUAGUUUUUUCCCAGCCCCUACUCCAAAGAGCGUUUCUGGAAAGAGCACACUUACUGAAAAUCAUGACACACACAGUGAAAUAAUACAAUCCACAGUAGUUGACACUGGAGAAAAUGACUUGUUUCAAGCGACUAAUGCAGAAGCUCCUCCUAGGACAUUAUUCCCAGAUGCACGAAAGGGAACUGCUGCUGAGAAAGAUGUGGAAAAGAGUAUGAAAAUUAAUAAAUUAGAAGAUUUAUUCAGCAGUGUGGAAGAGGAUUUGUUCCCUUCAGCCAAAUCGGAUAACUAUUCAGAUGCUGCCCAAACUGAUUUGUUUGGAAACAACAGUGUCCCAGUACUGUCGUCAGAUGGCGGACUCUUUUCAAGUUCCUUAUGGACGUCAGAGGAAACAGGAAGAAUGUCAUCAACAGUAAAAAUUACAGAAAAUGUGAGGAAAGACCGUAUAGGCACACAAUUAACCACAGAGGGUGAUUCAAUCAAUGAUUCACAGAGUGAUCACAUUGCGGUAUCGAGUGAGAAGAUAAGUUCAGAAAAAAGCAUAGACUCGGUUCCAAAAAUUCCUGCUGGGGGGUUGUCAGUGUUAAAUGAUGAUGGAAGUGAUCAUUUGUUUUCUGCAAGUAGUAAAAAAGAUGCUAGGACGUCCCGUAAACACACUAAUGGUAAAGUGAAAGAGAAAAGUAUCAAAAUCAGAACAGGUGAAAAUUCUAGUUUAUUUGGUGAUGAUAGUCCAGAAACUGAUGACCUUUUCUCAUCAAUGCCUCAUUCUUUGGAGAAGAAGACUGUCAGUUCAAAGACCCCUGUAUCUGUUACUGAGAGUAAAGGCAGUGGAACGAAGCAGGCUUUGCCUAAAGGAGGCAAGUCCUUGUUUGAAGAUGAUGAGGAAGAAGAUCUUUUUGGAAGGACAACAGCUAAACCAAGUGUUUCUUCAUCUUCACGGGUACUGCCAUCUCUAGAUCCACUCGGGAGAGAUGAACUUUUUGGCACAACGAGUGUAGUUCCAAAUAAGACGCAAAGAAUGCCAGCAGAAGCUUCUGGUGGAAGGAAGAAGGAAAAAACUGUAGUAUUCGACGAUCCACUAAUGGCACUUUCCAAGUCUGGGGAUACAUCACCUUAGGAAAAAGGAAUGUGAACGUGUUGCCAUCGGCAGUGGAAGCAGAUGCUGUGCAAAAGUAGUUGCCUUAUAAACAAUCAUUUAACUGGACAGAUGUUAAUGAUUUGUAGCUUUUUCACAAUUCUUCCAUGGUAAAUGAUUGUGUGAACAUGUUGUUGCCAAGUUGUCUGUGUUCAGUGCUAAAAUUGUACUAUAUAUUUGUGUAUGCGGUGAACCAUUUGCUAAGCAGUUGUUGUAACCCGUGGAUGAUUAGAUAAGCUAGAGUGCUGAGAUAAUGCUGAAAUACUCAUGUAUCCUCUUUUUUAGAUUUAUCUAAAAGAAAGUAAAAAAUAACAAUAUUUUUAUGUUGUUCCCAUAAAAUUGUGCCUAAAAUUUUGGUAAAUUUGAUCAUUACUUGAGAUACAAAGGAAGUUAAUGUCCAUAUUUGUAUUUGCUGGACUGGUGGAAAAUGGUUUAUUAUUAUUGUUAUUAUUAUUAUUAUUAUUAUUGUUGUUGUUGUUGUUGUUCUUGUUGUUGUUCUAUGAGUUAUAGUUGAAGUCGGUUUGUGUGUUCAAAGGAAAGUAAUUAGUUGUUUAUGUAACCGUAGAAAGUGAGAAAAAUGUGUCAAAUACUUUCGAGUCAACCAUUAUUUGAAAUUAUGACUGGAAUGUGAAAGAAUGGUCAGUAUAUGAUAUAUCUUGAAAAUAGAUAUCUAGAUAUUAUGGAUUUAGUUAAUUACUGACAGUAUUAAGUGUUAUUGUUAGCAACUUACUAUUAAUACCAUUGUCAUCCUGAAGCAUAAGUACAAUAUACCUUUAUGUUCAGAUUCAUCUGUCUUGUAUAUGGUGAAGAACAAUAUUUGCUUAGAAUUCAAAAGCCACUAUAACCAUCUUUAAAAAUAUCUAUCUAUUUAUAAAGUUUGAAGUGACUAAGUUAUAUUUAAAUCUGAGCUACAGUAAGAAUUGUUAUUGUGGUCACACAAACAAAUGUAUCAUAAGAAUUGUUGUCCUUAGAAAUGUGAAUUGGUGAUUCCAUAUGUAUUACUUCGUCAGGUUUGUUUCUUGUUGCUAACUUUUUAGAUUAUUUUCUUUUUGUUGAUUUUUAUUUGCUGUAUUAUUUCAUAGGAUUGCAUUUUCAAUAUUAUGGCCAGUUAUUUUUUUAGGUUAGUAUUUGCAUGUUGAGAAAAUAUUAGUACUACCUUCCAUACAGAAGAGUUCAUCUCCGUGUUUUAUUUAUUCCGUAACUAAUACCAUCUCAUUUAUUUUAUUUUAUUUUAUUUUAUUUUAUGUAAAACUUAUAUGAGCUUUUGCAUCAACAUCCACUAUGCCUUGUGAAUUGUCAGUAGAUAAUUGGCUCUUGUCAUUUUCACUUUGUUUCUUCGAUUAAACUCCUGCUCAAAAACUAAAUACUUGCUCAAAAACAUCUUUCAAUCAGUGUCACACAACUCAUAGGUUUGAUAAUGUGGGAUCUGUUUCACAAAUGCUAAAACUUUGAGGGUAGCUCUAUGUUUAUUUUGUCUGAUUAAUUCGGUUCAGUAUCUGUUCUGUCAUUUCUUAUUUACAUCUCACCUUUAGUUGUUGUUAUAAUGGUAUGUUUUCUUUCAGAAUAUCUUGAGCAUGUCCUGAUCAUAUUUUGUGGGCAUUUUUUCCUUCAGAUGAUUACAGAUUAUUCCUACAAUUUCUUUUAUUUUCAGUUAUUUAACUAUGUAGGUAGGUUUGAUACCAAGGUUCUGAAGAAGAAUAGCUCCAUUGUUUCCAUCAGACUAUUGCUAGCAGUAUUAUUAUUGUGACAGGAGAAUAUUAUUGCACCUCCCAAGAAUAUGUAUGUAGUUGGUGACCAUCUUUUGUUGCUAGUUUAUGUGUGACCCAGGACCUUAAAGAUACAAUAACUUUAAAAGAUAGUUAUGAUAUCAUAAUUUCAAAAACAUACUUUUGUUUCCAUGAUGAAGCCAAUGGUCCUCAACUGCAACAAUCCUGCUGGGGAAUGUAAAGUUGUUAUAUCACUCUUGAAAGAAUUAAUCCGUCGCGAUCUACAAAUUAUCUAACAUCACAGAAAAAGUCUGAUUGUCACUGGGAGAAUAUACACUUCAGGCCACCAGUGUUGCCUAGAAACUUUGAUAUUUUAUGAACUAUGCCCACUCAGCCAUAGAUUACUGAGAUAUGUGAAUUAUCCUUUGAUUUUGUUAGUUGAAAGCUGCAGUCUUGAAUAAGUUUUAAGUUUAUUUCAUAGCUCUGUACUAGGGAUAAACAUUGAAUUUUCUCCCAUUGGUUUCACCAAUAUUUAACUUGUAAUUACAGGAGAUCAUCUUGGAAACAUGUGGCAUAGUCACUCAGAUAUGUGCUUUAUCUGCAACUUAUGAAGUGUUGCUUUUGUUAGAUUGAGUUACAAUUGUUUAUUUAAUUAAUUAUUGGAUUUUUUGCAUUUUUGUGUAAUUCUUUACAGUUUAUCAGCUCACAGACUUAGUCAUGUUCUUGCAUUUGUUUUUAUAUCUUCAUAAAAAAUCUUGUGUUUUUAAGCAGUGACAAUUAAUAUAUUGGUUUUCAGACCAUGAUAUUUUGCAUUAAAAGAUGUUCUGCUCUGUGUUGAAAUCUGUAACAACAUAAACAUGUUGCAACUACUUCUUUCCACUCCUGCACAUUGUCAAGAAUAGCUCCUCUCUCUCCCCCCCCCUCUCUCUCUC